AUGGAGAAUUCCUACGGUGUGGGGGUUGUGAACAGAUACGCUCUUUUCUUGGACGAUGAGUCCGAUCCUCUUGAUGCGUUAAAAGCGCGAGAGCAGGCGAAGGAGCUCAAAAAGAAAACCAAAGAAGCCGAAAAAGAGAACAAGGGCAAACCUGAGACCAAACCUAAAGGUGGCGCUCCCGCUACCAGGAAAGGUAUCAAGGAAACCCAGAAUGUAAAGUCUCAAGAAAACAGAAGUGGCGAGCAACAGAAGGCCAAGGGACCUGCCAGGCCUAAUGAACGCAACACCGAGCGUCCUCCUCCGCGUCGCCGCGAGGAUCGGCCGCAGAACGGUGCUGUCGAGAACAAGGAUGGAGCUCCACGGCCACCUCGGCGUGAGUUUGGUGAUCGCAGGCCCAAUUAUGAGCGACGUAACUUCAGCGACAAUCCUGAUGGAGCCGAACGCCGCGGGCCCAGACCGCCUCGUGAACCUCGUGAAGCUCGUGACGGACCGCGCGGGCCGCGUCCGUACGACAAUAGAGGCAAGCGUGAGUUUGACAGGAGAUCCGGCUCUGACAAGACCGGUGUUAAGCCAGUGGACAAGCGCGAGGGCGCCGGCCCUCACAACUGGGGUACUCUCAAGGAUGAGAUUGACGAGCUCAACAAAACCGGUUCUGAAGGAGAGGUUGUUGAGGAGAAGGCGGCCGAUGCAGCUGGCGCUGGUGACGGCCAGCAGCCGGAGGCCGAGCGCGCAGCUGCUCCUACAGAAGAGGAGCCCCGCGAACUCACACUUGACGAGUACAAGGCACUCCGAAAUGCCCAACGCACGCAGCCGCAAUACAACCUGCGGAAGGCCGGUGAAGGUGAAGACCUCAGCCAGUGGAAGAACUUGGUGAUGCUCGAGAAGAAGAAGGAAGGUGAAAGAGGUGAGGAUGACGACAGCGAUGACGAGUAUGAUAUGGCCGAUUAUCCGCAGCGCGUGGGUCGUCAGAAGCGUGUGCUCGGCAUUGAGUUCACGUUCAACGACACAGCGCGACGCGGCGGCACGGGAGGCCGUGGCCGUGGACGCGGGCGCGGAAGAGGCCGAGGCCCGCCACGCGAGCCCGAGCCUAUGGAGGAGCGCCCGCCAUUGCGCGCGCAGGUCGCACCACCAAAAGUUGAUGACAGCAAGGAUUUUCCCUCUCUUGGCUAG